AUGCUAAAAAAAAUUGAUGAAGCCGGACGUGGAGCCUUGGCUGGACCCAUAAUAGUGGCAUCUGUUAUUCUGCCAACUGGUUUCCAAAAUCCCUUAAUUCAAGACUCCAAAAUACUUAGUCCCAGCCAAAGAAAAAAAGCGUUUCGGAUAGUCAAAAAGAAAGCAUUAGAUUAUAAUAUCAUAGUCAAAGAUGCUCGGGAGGUAGAAACAAAAAAUCCACUUGGAGCAACCAAAGAAGCUAUGGUCGAGACUAUCCAAAAUUUGAAAAUUAAGCCCAAUCUAUGUCUGGUUGAUGGCAAAGAAAAAAUAGUGGUAGAAGGAAUUAAAACAGUGAGCGUUGUUGGUGGUGACCGUAGGUCUAUUGAUAUUGCCGCUGCUUCCAUUAUUGCCAAAGUGACCCGCGAUACUAUUAUGCAAAAACUGCAUAAAAAAUAUCCGCUCUAUGACUGA